AUGCAGGCAUACAGCGGCGAUGGCGGGGCGAGCCGCGACGGCGGUCGCGAUCGCGUGAGCCGCGGCGCGACGAGCGUUGGCAAGGUGAGCAAUGGCCGCACCAUGACGGGCGGCAACACGAGCGGCGCGGCUACAACGACGCUUGGUGCGGAGGUCGCGAGCAGCGAUGGCACGAUGAGUCACAAUGGCCCGAUGAGCGCGAGCAACGGCCGCAUCAUGACGGGCGGCAUGACGAGCGGCGCGGCUACGAUGACCGUCGGUGCAGAGGCGAGCGCGAGCGCGGCUGGCACGAUCGGCGCGAUGACUGGCACUGGUCCCACGAUCCCAGGCGCGACCGACGCGGCGAGGGGCAGCCUCAGCGCAGCGAUGGCCGGCGGCUCUGCUGCCGGUCAGCUCAACGCUAAGCAGCUCAGCAGCCACAUCUCAAAUGCUGGCAGCGCUGACGCAUUGCUCGCGCUCUUUUCUGCCCACAGCGCGAACUUGAACCACAUCCACGCUGCGAACCUGUGGAACAAACUGGGCAAGCAGCGCAUCGAGCGGUGGCACGAGGAGCGGCUUGAGCAGCUGGUGCAGCGCACGCUUGACCUCGUCGCCGACUCGCUCGCGCGGGAUCCGUCGAGGUGGGGCGUCGUGCGCCGCUCUCAGCUGCACCAGUGGCAGCUCUGGCUCUCCCUUGAGCGAGGAGCAGACGGGCAGCAGCACCUCCUCUCCGAGUCCCAGCGCAAGCUCUGCUGCGACGCCAUGCAAGGCACCGAAGUUACGAUCUCGCGCUUACAGCGCUCCGUCGCGGCUGCCCUCGCCGCCGUCCAGCACGGCUUCGAGGAGGAGCACCUCGAGCCGCGCACCGGCUACUCGCUCGACCUGGCGCUGCCCUCUUCACGCGUCGCUGUCGAGGUGGACGGCCCCUCUCACUUCCUGCUGCCCGACGGCCGGGGCGUGCGCAAACCCAAUGGGCCAACGCUGCUCAAGCGGCGCCUCCUCGCGGCGGCUGGCUGGAGGGUGAUCAGCGUUCCAUUCUACGAGUGGGACGGUUUUGCGACAGCCAAUGGGCAGCAAACCUACCUGGAGAGGGCGGUCGCUCCGCUGUUGGGCUAG